CCAGAGUCCAAUCUCCGUCAAGACAUACACACACGACACAGAAACCAACACAUUCUGAAGCUCACUUGACCUGUUUGAUACCCCAUUUCUCAGACGAAGCGUCCGAACACCCCCGUUUCGCUCACACGGCCGAUCUCUUUUGACAUGUCAUCUUCAGGCGUCAAACGUGCUCGAGACCAGGUCGACCCCAGAUCAUCCGCCUCGUCUCACUAUCGUAACGGAUAUGGGCAGGAUCUGGAAGAAGGGGGCUUGCCUUACGGAGAUCUUGCGGAUACGGGGUCGGAACAGAACAAGAAACAGAAGAGUUGGAGGGAUGAAUACUUGAACGACUCGCCCGGGCGUAAAUCGCAUGGAUCGAGAUAUGAUCGGGAUUGGGAGCGAUCACAUAGGUCGACAGACAGGGACCCGGGUAGGGAUCGGGAGCCCAGGAGGGAUUCGAGGAGUCGGUAUGAUCCCGGAUCUUACAAGCCGGGGCAUGACAGGCGGGACGACCGGGACAGGGGGAGAUAUGACCGGAGUGAUAGACGGGACGACCGGUAUGGAGGGGGUUCCGAUCGCGAUCGUGAACGAGAUUCGUCCCGUCGACGAGAAGAUGAAGGUUCGAGCCGGCAGGAUAAAUCCGUAGAUCCUCGUAACUCAGGUCCAUCAGCCAUUCCAGGCUACAACCGAACCGAUUCAUCAGCCUCGCUUGCCCAAUCGAGCAACCCCGUCCCUGUCCCUCAAGACAUUUCCAAACCCGCUCCACCACCACCCGAGGUCGCCGAACCUGAGCCGGAGCAGGAGGAACAGAUCCCGGAGAAAUCGCUCGAGGAACAGCUGGAAGAGAGGCGACGGAAAAGGAGGGAGAUCUUGGAAAAGUUUUCUGGUGUUCAAAGUGGAGUAAGCUCGAUCGGCACGGGGGUCAGCACAACGGGAAACUUGUCCAACACAGGACUACAAACUUCGACCGCCCGUCUUGGUAUCGGAUCCGCUCGUCCGACUCCACCCCCUGUAGCAGAUAUUCAAGGCGACUUCGAUUUGGCCAAGAGCGCUUCGGACCAACCCGGACAGACCAACGCUGGUGAUGUCCUUCCAGCCGAGACCACCGCCAAGCAGGUCGAUGGCGAGGAGCAAAUCUCUGCAGCAGAUUACAACCCGGACGAGGAUCGUAAGGUUGACGGUGAGAGGGAGCAAGCCUUAUUGAAGGCUCAUAACAAGCAGAAAGAGGUUACCAGUGGUGUGGGAGAGCCGGGCCCGGAUAUUGUCAGGGUGAAAGAUGAGGAGAGCGAGUAUGAAGAGGUCGAGGUGGAUGCUGAGGAAGAUGAGGACUUUGACAUGUUCGCGUUGGACGAACCUCCCAAAAAGAAGGUCAUCCGAAGGAAGAAGCAGAAAGAAACCAAGGUCCCUGUCAACCCUGUUCCGGCCGCUAUCGCUUCAAUGGACAACUAUGACGAUGCCGAGGGUUACUACCGCAUCACCCCCGGUGAGAUCAUGGAUAAUGGCAUGUACAAGAUUACUGUCAAUCUAGGGAAGGGAAUGUUCGCGCAGGUGAUCAGGGCUACGGUGUUGAAAACGACGGGAGAAGGCGCAGGCGAGAAAGAGGGUCAGGAGGUUGCUAUCAAGGUGAUCCGAAGCCAGGAGUCGAUGUAUGUGGCUGGUAAAAAGGAAGCCCAGAUCUUACAAAAGUUAGGUGCCGCCGAUCCGGAUGACAAAAAGCAUAUCGUGAGGUUGCUCCGUACCUUUGAACACCGUGGUCACUUGUGUCUGGUGUUUGAGAACUUGAGCAUGAACCUGCGGGAUGUUGUCAAGCGAUUUGGCAAGGACGUCGGAUUGAACCUUAGAGCAGUGAGGGCGUACGCCCAUCAAAUGUUCCUUGCCUUGUCGCUGACGAAAAAGUGCAACAUCAUCCACGGCGAUCUGAAACCAGAUAAUAUCCUCGUUACCGAGAAUAAGGCCAUGUUGAAGGUGUGCGAUUUGGGAUCUGCUUGUGAUAUCAGCGAGGCCGAUAUUACGCCCUAUCUCGUCUCUCGUUUCUACCGUGCCCCAGAGAUUAUCCUCGGCCUAAAGUACGACGAAAGCAUCGACAUGUGGUCCAUCGGAUGUACGCUCUACGAGCUCUAUACCGGCAAGAUCCUCUUUCCCGGUCGAUCGAACAAUCAGAUGUUGCAUCUCAUGAUGGACCUCAAGGGCAAGAUCAACCACAAGAUGAUCAAGAAGGCUCAGUUUGGUGAGAUGCACUUUGACGAGUCGAUGAACUUUAUCAGCGUCGAAAAGGACAAGAUUACGGGUCAGGACGUCAUCAAAACCCUGGUCAUCAACAAGGCCGCUCGCGAACUCAAGUCCCGGUUGAUCCCUUCGUCCAAUGUUCUACUCAAGAUGAAGGAAGAGGACGCCAAGCUGUUGACCAACUUUGUCGACUUGCUCGAAAAGGCUUUGAUGCUAGAUCCGGCCAAGAGGAUGAGCGCGCGGGAUGCGCUAUUGCAUCUGUUCCUUACGAGUCCCUGAUGGAGUGAGAACCGAUGUAUCGGCAUACGUCCCUAUGAACGGCUAGAAUACGCAAGCUGUUGUUUGUCAUGCGUUUCGCAAUGAGUAUGCGGACGGAAGAGAUGAAACGCGUCACCCCCUC